AUGUCUCGUCUUCUUUCCUUGGCUCUGGCAGCAUGCUCCCUGCUAGCUACAGCCUUUGCCAUCCAACGAGUCGAUGUAAACGUUCUCUACAGCUUCGGUAAUAGUACUUGGGCCGAGAACCUGGCGGUCCGCGCUAACGGCCAGAUCCUCGUCUCGCGCCUUGACACCCCUGAAGUCCUCCAGGUCGACCCGACCGGCGUGAAGGCACCCAUUAUAGUCGCCUCUUGGGACCCGGCGACUUACAUGGGCUGUCUGGGUAUCUCUGAGACAACCCCCGAUAAAUUCUAUGUGGUGGUUUCGGGCUUUGUCAAUGAUAGCUUUCUGCUCUCCUCGGGUGUCAACAGCGUCUGGGAGAUUGAUAUGACCACAUUUACUUACUCGACGUCGACCGGCAAAGUUGCGUCUAACGCAACCGUCUCUAAGCUGGCUGAUAUCACUACUUCAGACUUCCUGAACGGUCUCACUACCCUAUCCAACACAUCGGUUCUCGCCGCCGAUUCCUACAAUGGCUGGGUGUACCGCGUCGACACGCAGACGGGCCACAACAUGGUGGCCGUCAACGAUACUAAGAUGAAGUUCAACUCUAUCCCGAACCCGCCGAUCAACAUUGGCGUUAACGGUAUUAAAAUCCACGAUGGUUACCUUUACUGGACAAACACGGCCGUCGGUUCUUUGAACCGCAUUCGCAUUACGGAUAAGGGCGUUCCACUCGGCAAGUCCGAAGUUGUCGUCAACAAUGUCCCUAAGGCGGAUGAUUUUGUAUUCAAGAAAGACGGCGUUGCUUUCAUCGCUCAGAACCAGAUGGACGAGCUCAGCGUCGUGUAUCCCGAGUGGUCCGCCGCCAAAGUCAUUGCUGGCAGCAACACCUCAACCGUUCUGGCGGGCGUGUCAGCGGGCAAGUUCGGCCGGUUACCCACUGACGAGAAUAUUCUCUAUCUGACUACUAGCGGCGCUGAGGGUCUGCCUAUCAAUGGCUCGGUGACGGUCCCCGCGACUGUCUCGUGGAUCGAUACGUCGGCCUUUUGA